AAGUGAUAAAGGCUAUUGUGCAUCAGAUCUGAAUCAUGAAGCUUCAUACACUAACCACCCUCUGCACGCUCCCUCUCCUCCUACUUAUUCCUGGUGGGCUAUGUGGGAAGAUUGUCGGCGGUAAAGAAGUUGUUCCCCAUUCGAGGCCUUUCAUGGCCUAUCUCAGUGUCGGCUGUGGUGGUGCUUUAAUUGAAGAAAACUGGGUUCUGACAGCAGCGCACUGUAACAAUGAAACAAAUAUAAAAGUGACUCUUGGAGCUCAUUCAAUUGAUGAAACUGAACCAGAAAGGCAGAUAAUUGAUGUAGAGAAAAGGGUGAUUUACAAAGGCUUUGUAAGGGCAACCCACGUCCAUGACAUCAUGCUGUUAAAGCUGAGCCACAAAGCUGAGCUCAAUGAUUUUGUAUCAAAACUGCCACUGCCUUCUGGUAAAGUAAACCCUGCAGUUGGUACAGAAUGCAGGAUUGCAGGAUGGGGAACCAAAGAAUAUAAUGGAAAACGAAGCAGUAAACUUCAAGAAGUCAGAGUUACAGUCAAAGACACGGAAAAGUGCAAUACAAAUUACAAUGGAAAAAUAACAAAGAAUAUGAUGUGUGCUGGAGAUGACAAUGGAGGACAUGAUUCCUGUCAGGGAGAUUCUGGUGGUCCUUUGAUCUGUAAUGGAACUUUCACAGCUGUUGCCUCAUUUGGUUAUAGGUGUGGGCUACCUAAAUAUCCAGGGGUCUACACACUCCUCACAGAUGACUAUCUAAACUGGAUCAAGCAAGAAAUAAAACAAUUUCAAAACAAUACAAUAUCUUUAACCAAGGAAUUUUGAUGGAGCAAAUCUUCGUAGUUUGAACUAUCAGAAAACAGUUAUUUACAUUGUA